UUUGAUCGAUGCGCUGCUGUACCAUGUACACGUACAUAUAUGUACUGUACGUAGUACAUUAGUUUAGCACAUGUUCAUUUACGUGUUUCUCGAAAGUUCAGCUGCGGAAGCUUCGAAGAGAGGCGAGUGGCACACUUUAACCGUCGCGAAACGGGUGGUUUCUAGUAGAUUACCGUACCGGUGCUUAUAGCAUCUGCUCCUACUUGAACUCAGGUGGCAAUGGCGAACGCAGAAGUAGAAAUGCAAUGCUACAACAAGGGUUGUUCGAAAAAGUUUUUCCCAUCUGAAAAUGGAUCAGAAGCUUGUAUACAUCAUCCUGGUGAGCCAGUAUUUCACGAUGCUUACAAAGGAUGGUCAUGCUGCAAUAAGAGAACUACAGACUUCACAGAAUUUUUGAAUAUCCCGGGUUGUGCCAAGGGCCUUCACAAUAACCAGAAACCACCAGAAAAACCAAAACCUGCACCAAUGUCUAAAGAGGAAAAAGAUAAAGUCAUUGUUGUGGAAGUUGCCAAACCAAUUAAGCCAAUUGAACCAACAGUAAGACCAAGUGAAAAUGAGCCAGUUAUAAGAUUACCUGUUACUGUCAGCGCAUCACUGAAGACAGCCUUGGAAAAUCUCACAGUCAGCACUCUUGAAGCAAAAACAGAUAAGAAUGCUGCUUUGAACGAAGUUGGGUUAGGAACAACUUGUAAAAACAAAGGUUGUAAAAAGUCGUACACCAGUGAGCAGUCCAACUUCGAAAAGUGCUUCUAUCAUUCUGGCAAGGCAAUUUUCCAUGAAGGGAUGAAAUACUGGUCCUGCUGCAAGAGAAAAACGUCAGAUUUCAAUAAUUUCCUAGAUCAAGAAGGCUGCACCGAAGGCAGCCAUGUUUGGGUUGUCAAAGAGGAGGACUCCAAGAAACUAGUUGACUGCAGGUACGACUGGCAUCAGACUUCUUCUCUGGUGGUCCUCUCUGUGUAUUGUAAGAACUCCCAGCCAGACCUCUCGUUUGUGGAGGCUAACCAAGUCCUUCUCAACGUCAGCAUUUCCUUCAAUCAGGCCAAGAAUCACUUCAAGAAGACCAUCGUUGUGUACGGGGUGAUUGACCCCACCAAAAGCUCCAUGACGAUGUCAGGUAGCAAAUGCGAGAUCAAACUGAAGAAGGCGGAGGCUUGCUCCUGGAAGAAGUACGAGUUGCCCCCGGCAACCAAAACCACUGCCGGAGAAGACAAGGGCAAUUGAUGAUGGUUAUCUCAUGGCUCAUGUAUUGAAAUGAUCAGAGAGCUGUUUCAGGAAAAUUAUGGUCUUCGUCAAACCUCUGCUGAGGCGUUGUUAUCCAGAAAAUUGUCUGCUUUUUAGACUUGCCUGUUGUGAAAACUGGGCAUGAGAUUUAGUAGCGCCGUUGUUUACUUCCCAAACAGACCAGUUGCAAUAGUGUAAAAAUAUAUUUGGAAGAAAGAUAGGCCAAAUAUGAAGACAAAUUUUGUCUGACAGCUGUCGUAGAAAAACAAGUAUAAAUCAGUCCUGAUCAAAUGCUGGUAUUUAUUGAAAAUUUCUGUCACUUGCAAUCAGUUUUUAAUACAAGUUUUUACAUCUUCAAAGCACACAAUUUUCGAGGCUUCGCUAGUCAGUGUUUUUAUCCAAAAAUAUCCACAACUUGUACAGUUAAUGAGAAAAAGAUGGAUAUUUUCUGUGGGAUUUGUGGAAUCUUACGUGCAAGAUUAAAUGUAAAGAUAAUAAGAUCAGUUUGAAACUGAAUGUCCGUUGUAGACUUCCCUGUCUGUUUGUAAGAAAAUGUACAAAAACUGAAAAACUCCUUUGUACUUAUUUUUUUCUAAAUUGAAGGAGCAUCAGAGGCAAAAGAGUUUUGAGUCAGGUAGUAUCACCGACUUAACAAUAUUAGUCUUGUGUAAUACCUCCUCAUUUCAUACUUUGUUGGGGAAAAAUGUAACUUGUUUCAGUGCUGGCAGAAUCUGCCUUUUGUUAAUUAAAACUGUCAUGUGAUAAUUCUUUCUAUCUCGGACAUUUCACGUUC